GGUCUCGCUGAACCACGAAACGCGUCAUCUAAUCAUCUAAUCAUCUAAUCAGGCAUUGUAUGUGGUUGUCUAUAUCAGCUAUCAUAUAUCAUAUGCAUCCAGCGACUAGUCGCCUUGCAUUCAAUAAUGGUAUUCGACUCGUCUGGGUUAUCAGCUAGCUUGGUAGGAAGUUCAAAGGAUGGCAACAAGGUUAACAAGGUCAUUGUUCAUCCUGGUCAAUCGAUUCGGGGGACUUGUUCGAUCGACAAACCGAGCGGGGUGGAAAAGGUCUGGGUGGAAGUCGUCGGGAUACAGUACGCUUCGGCCAUCUCUGGCGGGGGAAAGACUGACGGUCUCACCGUUCUUGGCGGGAUCGCUUCUGCCACGCUCGCCAUAAACCAACCCAGCCGUGCCCCGACCUUGCAUACCGACAAGACGUUUUUCAGGACCUCACAAGAACUGCAGCUAGCCGGCGGUAGCGGAAAUGGACAAUACAGCUUCGAGGUGGUCGUUCCGGAAGAGGAGGACGAGUUCGUCGACGUACUCGGGAAAGGAUGGGGAAAGAGCGAGUUGCCGCCGUCUUUGUACUUAGGUAGGAGACAUCUCGAAGGAGGAGUCAUUGGCUUUAAUCGGUACCACGUCACCGUUAGCGUGACCAGGAAGAGCUUCCUCAAACGCUCCACCAAGUCGAUAUCCCUUCCAUUCUUCCUCAUUCCAAUCGACCCUAACCCUCAUCCAAGCUUGGCUGCGAUUGGCACGCUCUUGACCCCGCCUGAUGUCAUCCCGGAGGUCCCGUCUGGAUGGAUCGGGAGGGGUACAAAGGAGUGGGCGUUCAAGAAGGGCAACGGGUUGAAAGGGUUUAUGAAAGGUGGGCGGGCCGAAGACGAGGUUGACGGAGAAAGGUUCGUUGUACAGAUCUCGACGCCAGAUAUCCCUUCCUGGCCAUCAGGCAUUUCUAUACCAUACCACCUGACCAUCGAAUACCUGUCUUCCGCCGUGAACCCGACUACCUCGAACCCGAUUGAUCUAGCCCGGAUUGAUCCGACUUUACGGCUAUUGAGGGCUUGCAAGAUCGUCGUCGGCAAGGACAGCCAGUUCGUCACCGAGCCGAUCAAGGGGAACGAUUUCUCAGUGAAUCGGGAAGGAGUUUGGGUGGGCGACAGGAAGCGAGUGGAGAUGGGGGAGUUGAGGUGCACGACGUUGCCGAAUGUCUCCAACGUUGGGAUCAGGAUGCAGUACGAUCUCGAACUGGACAUCUCUCUGCCCUCGGAUUCCCUCUUCGGAAAUCAAUCUCAUACGUUCGGCUUGUUUCAUCCCAAGAUCACAUCCAACGUCCGACGGGCAGGAGCAGGAUCUGGAGCUGGGGGGUCCGAGGUCUUACCGGCUUAUAGCCAGGUCGAAAGUUGGGUCGGAGAAGAGUAUUGGAAUGGGGUAGAGGGCAUCUCCAAGCUGAAAGAAAAAUGAGGUGUAGCGUACGGCAAGUGGAGUGUGAAUAGUAAGUCACCAGGGAGUUCCGUUGUUGUACUCAGUAUCGCUCGAGAGAUACCCAAAUCUUCGUAUUGGCCAUGUCAAAUGGAUUGUCAUAUAAUGCAUGAAUGAGAAACACGUUAACGA